CUUGCAUUUCGUUUCUUGGCUGGAAUGGGCAAACUGCGAUACAUACGUACCGCUUUCGGCUGCAACAGCACCAACGACUAACACCAAUGUGCUGCUCAACUCACACCAAGUACUGACUCCGCUCGAAAAGAACUGUUUUUCCUCCUAGAAGACAUCGUCCAUGGCGUACCCCAUACUACUACCGCCGGACUGGACCCCUCGUACCUUCGAAACAGUGUCACCGAACCUCGCCGGUUGUCCCGCCGAUUCUCCCGACGAUGAGCUUCUGGAUAUCGAUUUCCUCCGCUCCUUCUUCUCCGCAGGCUCCCCCAACCCCGCCGCUGCCGCCGUCGCGACUGUCGCCGCAGCCGCCGCCGCGGCGCGCGGAGCUGGCGCGGCUGUUGCGCUCUCCGCGGGUGCAGCCGCCGCAGCGGAUGCUGCUGCGCUGGCGGCCGCCUCAACCACAGCGACCGCUGCUGCCGCCGCGUCGCAUAACUCGUUCGUCGGCGUGGGUCCUGGCGCUGCGGACUUUGGCUGUCCCGAGACGGCGUCAUUUUCGCCCAAACAUGGGGAAAGCCUCGGAACUUCCAUUUCUCUCUUCUCUCCCUUUUCUCCGAAACAACCAAGUCAUUGCGCCUCCGCUGGCGCGGCUCCUUCCCCCUCGCCCUUUCCCCCAAGUCACUCCCCGCACAGUCCCCGCGACCACCGCCCCCCCUCCCUCUUUCCGCCGCUCUCCCCGCUGUCUUCCGCCUCCCCCUUCACUCCUUUCGCCCUGGGCCAUUCUCCGCAAACCGCGCAGGCUUCCUCCGCCGCCGCCGCACUGCCCAUGCUCGCGCGCGCGACGAGCCUCGGCAGCGCAAUGGCCGCGAAUGUCAGCAGCUAUUUCCGCGCAUCCACCCCCGCGGCUAGCUUUUUCUCCGCCGCUUCUGGCGGCGCGUCUGCUGCAGCCCCACCUGCCGCCACGGCGGCGCCUUCUCCCCGCGGGAAAUUGGCGGCGGCGGCGUUUUCUAGCCGAAAUGCGCGCAACAACCAUGCGCUCGAUGCGGAAGCGGCGGCUUAUCAUCGCGGCAGCCGGGGCUCCACUCCCCGCGCCCCACCGUCUCGAGAAAGCCCGUCGCGCCAAGGGCUACUAUUUAGUCCGAGAUUAGUUGGCGACGCCGUAGGGGCCACGGACGUGCGAGGGGCGUCUCGUGUAGAGGUCGAGAUAGCGGGGGAGGUGGAGGGGAAGGGGGAUGGGGAUGACGAAGGGGAGGAGGCGGAGAGGGAGGACGAGGAGAGCUGGGCAGCCUCCGCCACUCUGCAAGCGGAACUCCGCGCGGUAGUGGGCGCGGACGGUCCUUGCGCCAUUGCGCGCCAAGAUUCCUUCCGGCGCGGCGGACUCGGUUCCAUGGCGGGCGGAGGGACUGCGGGUGCCGGGGUGGCGGUAGCGCCGCCGCUCUCCCCCGUGUCUCCCGCGCCCACCCCACGCGGCGGGGCUCCCGCGGCGUUGGCGCAGACGCCCCGCUCCGCGCGGGAGGCGCGCAUGCGGCUGCUGCAGGCGCAGCUGGAGCUGCUGGAGACGAGCAAGGCGGUCUCCGCGCUAAAAUGCGCGCGCCACGUCGUGCAGAUGCCCGGACACGGCGCGGGGGUUGGCGGAAACGGCGGAAAUGGCGACAGCAGCAGCAGUUGCGCCAGUAGUCCGCGGUCCAGCGAUUCUUACAUGAGCCACGGAGCGGAAGGCGCGGAAAGCCCCUCGUCGGAGCGUAGCUUCAGCUUUGCGGAGAUGAGCCCUCGGGAAGACGACUUGCCGCAUGUGGCGCAACUGCAGCAGCAGCAGGAGGAGCAUCACCAUUAUCAGCAGCAGCAGAAGCAGCGGCCGUUCUUUGACCUUUCUUCGCCUGUGGAAGGAGCGGGCCUCUCCCCUCCGUCCCCCUGUCAGCAGCAGUUUCCGCGCCAGCCACGGAGAGUAAGGGGCUCGUUACAGGAACGGAGAACUGACGGCAGCUCCACCGGUACCAGCAGUAGCAUCGGCAGCAGCAGCAGCAGCAGCAGCAGCAGCAGCAGCAGCAGCAGCAGCAGCAGCAGCAGCAGCAGCAGCAGCAGCAGCAGCAGCAGCAGCAGCACUGGCAGCAGCGCCAGCAACGGGGGGAGCAAAUCGAGGAGUUGGAGAAACGGCAGCAAAAGCGCUGGUAGUAGGCAUGUGGCAUGGCAAUGCGCAGACACAGAUGCGGCUGCUGUUGUUGCUGCUGCUGCUGCUGCUAGGGCAGUGCAGCUGGCAGCGCAGGUUCCUGGCAGCAGCCCUGCAAGGGUGACUCUACGAGAUUUGACAAGAGCGGAGGAGGUUCGUUCGCCAAGGGGAGGAGGAGGAGGCGUAGGAGGAGGAAGGGGAAGAGGAGGAGCCAGGGUGACCCCCCCGAGCGGCACACCCCCGUGCGGUGGCGGCGGCACCAGCAGCUCACCCCAUGCGGCCACCUCGCCACGCGUCGUCAGCACCACCUCAGUUUCUCACACGAAGACCUCACCGCAAGCAGCAACGGCCACCUCCUCCUCCCCUCAUCGGCGCCCUUCGCCAGUGACAGCAGCGUUCUCGUUCCAGCUGACCCCUAACACCCGUGGUGCUCCCGCCCCCUUCCUCUCCUCUUCCUCCUCUUCCUUUUCUCCCACCGCCACCAGCAGCAGCAGCAGCAACAGCGGCGCAGCCUUCGCCUGCUCCUCGUCCCCCGGCUCCUCAUCCUCCUCCUCCUCCUUCGCCUCCUCUUCCUCCUCAUUCUGGCCGCCGCGCAGCGCGUUGCGUGCUCCCCUGGGCGCGCUGGAGCGCGACGAAGCGAGCGCCAGGGAAAUGCAGGGCCGAGCGCCGCUGCUGCCUGUGUGCAAGUCCGCAGGAGGCGCGUACACAGUCAAAAGGUGGGAUGGGGAUGAGCUCGAUCUGGGGGAGCGUGGUGUGGAGAAGUGGCAAGAGAUGGGGCGCGUGGAAGGGCUAGGAGGAAGUAGAAUAAACAGGGAGGGUGCAGGAGGGUUGUGGGGAGGAGAUUCGCGGAGUGGGCCGGCCUGUGGGCCCCGGGGUUUUGGCCGUUUGGUUCGCAGUGGCAGCAAUGUUGGUAGCAGCAGCAGUGGGGAGGGUAGCAUCACAGACAGUGGUGGCCGCAGUGGUGGUGGCAGCAGCAAGCUGUGGGAGACACUGCGCAGGAACGCGCCUCUCCUUGGCUUGAAGAUCCCCUAGCAUGUUUCCUUCAUCCCUCCAGCAGUGCUGCUUGCUCCUCUCCUGCUCCUCUCCACCGCCUCAUCAUGCCUCAGGGCUCAGUGCCUCAACCUAAGCGCUCUGUGCGUGAACCUCAGUGCUCAGUGCACAAGCAGCACUGAGCUCUCAGCCCAGCCCUCCACCUUCUGGCUCAAGCUGUUCGCUUUGCUAUAACCCCUCCUGCCGCAGUAGGCUCUACCUUGUCUGUAUGUCACAAGUAAGCAUCACGCAAUGCUUUCGAAGGAACCGCAAAUGUAGCAACUAUUGAUUCACUCAUACAUCU